UAUUAUCGAUGAAUUUCUACAAGAUAUAAACUGGAGGAUCUCCGACAAAGCAUCGAAAUCGGUAGAGUUCUUAUUCAGGAGGAAAAUGGCAGUUCCAGUAGUGAAAGCAGCUUCUCUCGCCCACAUAGCUAGAGAAUCGUCGGAUAUUCAUCGCCUUUCUCAAUUCUACAAAGAGAUGUUUGGAUUCGAAGAAAUCGAGAGUCCAAAUUUCGGUGAACUCAAGGUUAUUUGGCUAAAUCUUCCUUCUGCUUUUCAACUUCACCUCAUCGAGAGAGACCCUAAAUCCAAGCUUCCCGAAGGUCCAUGGAGCGCCACGUCACCCGUUGCUGACCCUAGCCAUCUUCCGCGAGGUCACCAUAUCUGUUUCUCUGUUUCCAGUUCCAAUUUCGACUCUGUUGUUCAUGCUCUCAAGGAAAAGGGCAUUCAGACUUUUGAGAAGACCCUACCAAAUGGGAAGGUAAAGCAAGUCUUCUUCUUUGAUCCAGAUGGUAAUGGAUUGGAGAUUGCAGGUCGGGAAGAUUGAGUAAGAUCUAGCUUUAACAAUGUAAUCGAAUGUAGUCCAGUUUACGGGCUUGGAAGGGGUUCAUAGUAGAGUCUUGUUUGACCAACUUAUAAUCAAUGUGUAUAACCGUACAUUUUAUUACUUAAUCUUCUCAUUCUUCCCCCUCCCUCUUCUCGUUUAAAAUGUUUGUUGAAAUCGAUAGACUUGUAUCAUGUAUUCAAAAAUGGGAAUGUAAGGGAUUGAUAUUAAAAAAAGUGGACAAAAUUGGUUUUGACUGAACCAAUAAAAAAUCAAA